AUUGGGUCGAUGAACUGAAAACUCGAGUGUGCACGAUUGUAAUUGGACUGUAUCAUUUGUUGUGUCGUUUGUGUGUUCUCAGGAUACAAAAUGAACAAGGCAAAGUUACUAAGUGUGACAAAAACUUCUGUCACCAAAGUUUGGCAAAGAGGUCAGAAAAUGUUCUAUACAGAGAAAAAGUCUGUUGCUGAAGGAACUAUGGGGAGCAGAUGGAAGGAAAGGGAAAGCGCCCAAGAAAGUGCGUAUUUUAAUCGUGAAGAUGAACAGGCCGUUCAAAGAUUAGCUGCGAAACUUCGUCAACAAAUUGAGCCCUCUGAAGAAAUUCUCGCCCAACAAAGAAGAGGAGUGGCAGAGAUCUUGCAAAAACAUGGUGUUCAGCCCAAUCAAAGUUUGAUCGAAGACCUCGUUCGUUUCUUUCACUAGCCUUCUUCUCGGUUGCAUUACGAGUAGAAACUUGUUGACAAGAACUCUGUUUGGAAACAGUUUGAAAGUUUCUGAAUCCAGUAAAGGCCUGAAGAACCUUUCCCUAUAACUUUUUAUUCUGUUUUCAACAAGAAUACAUUACUUAUGAUGGUUUAAUGAAGCAAUUUGUUCCUAU